AUGAAGAAAAUAAUAUUAAUAUUUGUUUUUGUCUUCUGUUCUCCGACGUGUAUUGAAAUAGAAUCUAAGCCAGUGGAGCGUUCGAUUGAGCGCUCAAAUGAAGUAGGCCAAAAUUACAGAAUGUCUCAAUCGAAAAGUAUUGAAAGUAAUUUAGCCCAGGCAUUGUCGUCAAUAUCGAAAAUAAUACAACCGAGAAAUCUACCAGAAAAUGAGAAAAACGGUACCAACACCAAUAUUCAGCCAGUAUUUAACGAAGAAAUCGCGUCGGUAUCGAACAAUUUACUUACGAAUUUUUUUUAUCCACUGCUGUCAAGAUUUCAAUUUUCGCCACAAGAAUUUUUUCAGGAUAGUUUAGGCUUUUUGAAAGACACUAUUACCAAAUUAAGUUCGAUUUUUCCAGCUGACACAACACAAGCCAGACAAUUUACAAAUAUGAAUGGACUAGCGAAUUUUAUUGGGCUGGAUGAUCAUGGAUUUUAUACAGACAGACUCGAACCCGCGGGUCUUCUCGGCGGCAAUGGCUGGUUUGCCAAUAAGGGAGGAUUAUUAGGUGGUCCAGGUGCUAUUUUAUCUACCGGACCCAUUCUAACGGAUUAUCCUACGCCCUAUAAAAAAAAAUAA